AUGGAGAAAAAGGCUCAAAGGGAUCUGGCGAAGCACAGAAUACUUUGUGAAGUGCUCCCGCCAAUGUCUGAGAAGAUCACGAAGGAUGACAAUAUCCGAAAGGGCUACCGUCAUUCCGCCACCUGUCAAAGGAUGGCGCAUGUUGAAAGCAUCACCCAUCAAGAUUGCUCCAGGUGUCGGCUGAGGAUUGGCCGGCAUGCUCCUAUUGGGCAUCGUCUUUAUGUUACCUUUCUCAAUAGCAUCAAUAAACGAGCCAUGCAGCUCUGGAGGAACCUGAAGAGAGGACAUUUCUUGCUUGUGUCAGCAAAUUAUGCGAAUAUAGAAUAA